ACAUAUAUAUAUAUACAUUUACAUUUAUAGUUAUUUUUAUAUUUGAUUAUAUCUAAGUAUAUAUUUAAGUGUAAGGCAAAAGGUGAAAAACUGAGUGGCAGCCAAAAACGAGCUCGACCAACGAGAUUAUUAAAGUAUAAGCAAUAAUAGAAAUAGAAAUAGAAAUAUAAGAUUGUAUUAUAUAGGCAUUAAGAAAACAAACAAAAAAAAAAAAAAAGAAGAAAAGAAAGACCUCAGCAUCCUACUCCUACCUAGCGAGCGUGCGAGCAGAGAAAAGUACCUGAAAAAUAAAAGGGAAAAAAAGAAAAAAUGUAAUAUAGUGCAAUGUAAUGUAAUGUAAGGAAAAAUGUAUGCAGCAGAGAGUGAACGAGAAUGGGAGAGUAUACGCGAUAAAGAAGAGAAAUCCGAGUAUGGAAGAAUGAGUGAAGUUUUAUUGAACAAAAAAGGACAUUAAAGUUAAAGAAAAAGGUAUGAAUGAGAAUAAGAGUACGAGUAUGAGUAUGGAUACGAGUGUGAGCGGUAUAGAGAUAAGAAGAGAAAUGUAAAAAGACCUGUAUAAAACUGUGUAUCACAUAGUAAUGCGAAAAGGAGGGAAUGUCUCCUUAGCUCACUUUAAAUAAACACGUAAAACGUAAAACCAAUGAGGGCGCCACCUAUCCUGGUCAACAGGAAGGUAGAAAAAAUGGAUACGUAUGAAGAAGGGACAAGAUACAGGAAAAGGAAACGAAUUGCGAAUAGGAAUGAGAACCCACUCAAAGGGGGAGAAGUGGGGUACUGGGAAAGGAAAAGAGGGGAAGGGCAUCAGAGAGAAAGCUUAGAGUAUAUCGAGAUGUUGAGUAAAGAGAAAGCGAAUACGAAUAAAGAAGCAAAUAAAGCGGAUAAAGCAGAAGGAGAACUAGAAAUUAUUGAGGGAAAAAAUAAUUCUAAGAAUAACGCAGCUGGAAAAUACCACUCUGUUCAUAAGGAGAUUUAUCCAAAGCCUCAUAGAGGAAGUUGAAGGAAUUAGGAUGAUAAGUAAAAGAUCAGCUGAGAUCAGAUUGAAGUGCCCGGAAAUGGGGUUAGAAACGUUUAAUAGAUUCAGUAAGAUACAGAAUAGCAGUAUGGAGUUUAGGAUUCCAAGGAGAGCCAUCGAAAGAUGGGGUAUAUGUAAGCAUUGGGAAUACUCCCCUAGGGAACUCGGGAAGCGCUCGUCCCAGGGCAAAAUAUAAAGAGCGUAGAAAGACUGAAAAGGAGAGUCAAAACGGAAAGUGGGAUCGACUACAUUGACUCACAUUUAAUGCUAAUAAAAUUUAUAGGAAAUAGUCUACCGACCAAGGUGAUAAUAUAUGACGGUAUCAUAAACAUGAGUAUAGUUCCUUACAUGCACAGCGUUAAGCAAUGUUAUGGGUGCCUAAAGU